UCCUAAGUGAUCUGUCAUAACUCAAUGCCAAUAAAUCCUUCGGGGUGGCCGAGUUGGUUGAGCAAAAGACUUUCCAAAUGGGAGAUCUAGAGUUCGAAACCACUUGUAUACCUUCUCUAUCGAGCCCCUCGCACGGGACUCAAUGCCAAUAAAUCCUUCGGGGUAUCCGAGUUGGUUGGGCAAGGGACUUUCCAAAUGGGAGAUCUAGAGUUCGAAACCACAUGCAUACCUUCUCUAUCGAGCCCGUUGCAUGGGACUUGCCUAGUGUGAAUUAUCCUUCUGUGUAAUUUGCGGGCUAUUACACAGGAGCCGGGUUUAGCGGUGGAUUUACCUUGUAGCAGCGGUUGAGGGUUCCUUGUUAACCAAAACUCAAUGCCCAAUAAUUUCACCUUCUUGUUCUCUGUAUUUCCAAGCAAUUCGCACAUAGUUCAACACUUUAAUGAUAAAAUUAAUUUUGUGCCUAUACUUUUUCCGGUUUUCAUUUCCUUUUAAAGCUAACUGCCUAACCAUUUCCCUUUUUUGCGCUGAUUUAUCAGGAAAGUUCUUUUCAUUUUUUCGAAAUUGUUAGACUAGAAAGUUUCAUUUUCGUGGCUCAUUCAUGCUAGUUGGGACUGUUAAGAAUAACAAUAUUGUUCCUGGAUUGAAUGAAUGCAAUUUCAAAACCGUCAAAAAAGGUUGGCCAUAACAAACUCAAUCAAAAUGAACAAACAUUUCUAAAUCUCAACUCCUCUCCACUUCACUCCUCGUACUAAAUCCCAUAAUGACUGAAAACUUCAAGCAGAUGAUAUCAAAAUCAUCAUUUUGUCCGGCCGAAAAGAUCGCCGGCAGCGAUGAUCUCUUAAAGGAAAUUCUCUUACGAUUACCCGCCAGUUCUGUUCUCCGUUUCAGUUGCGUCUCCCAUCGCUGGCGUUUCUUCAUCUCCGACCCUUAUUUCCGGCAACUCCAUUCUCGCCGGAGCGCCGCCAUUACCGACGGCCUCUUCUUGUUCCGUAAAUCCGACAAGAAGUACCACUUAGACCACCUCUUUAAUUUCUCCGACACUAGUAAAAGAAAAGUUGUCCCUUCUAAUAUCCGCACUUUUACAGACAGCUUCCGUUCAGUUGAACCGUUGCACUGUUGUAAUGGUUUGUUGUGCCUUAAGCUUCUUCAACUUGAUAAUGAUGACGUGUUAUAUUGUGUUUAUAACCCUCGUACAAAUCGACACACUAAUAUUCCACUACCUGAUAUUAAUGAUGAAGAAGAAAUUGUGUCAAUGAAUUUGGCUUUUGAUCCGAAAAGGUCAAGCAAUUACAAGAUUAUUUGCAUUGUUAAAGAAAGAUUAGGGUUUUUGAGGUGGUUGACUUUUUCUAAUAAUUGGAAGGAAUCGGGUCAAGGGGUUCGGGUCAGAGGACAGUAUUAUUUUGGGAAAGGGGUAUUUUUGAAUGGUACUAUAUAUUGGACCAGUAAACAUUCAGCUUUUGUGUGCUUUGAUAUGGAUAAUGAUAGUCUGAAAAUAAUGCCUAGUACUUCUGUUCCUGAGGGGCGUAACGGAAGAAAAAUUAAGUAUUUUGGUGAAUCUGCUGGAAAUUUGCAUCUUAUCGAGGAAAAUGUGCUUCGGUCCACAUUGCUCAAUGUGUUUGAAUUGGAGAAUGAUUAUUCAAACUGGUACGUGAAAUAUGUUGUGGAUGUUGAUGAUCUGACUCGUUUGUUUCCUCUAAUGGUGAUUAAUGAGCCGGAGUCUCUUGAUGUUAUCGGUUACCAAUUUGAUGUGCUGUGUUUUGUUGAUGGUGAGAAAGAUGGGAAGACGAUGCUCGUGUUGUCAUUACCAGAAAAAAUGAUCUCUUAUGAUAUUAAGAAUAUGAGUAUUAAGGAGCUUCUGAAUGUGCAGCUAGAAGAACUUCAUCUCAGCAUUGAAGGUUUUAUUGUGUACAACUAUAAAUGGUAUCAUGCUUACAAGCAUGUUGAAACACUUGCUCUUGUUUAGUUACUCUAAUUAGCUUUUACCUUAGUUGGAUUUUAGUAGGAUCAAUAUUUGAUGAAAUAAACUUAGCUUGCUAUUUGUGGCAAUUUGACUUUGUGUGAAAUGUUUAUGCCCACAUAAGAUCAGUGGCGGAGCUAGAAGCCUUA